CAAGACAACGCUUACUCUUCUACGACGGCUCAACGUCACGUUUUCCUUUGUAAACAUACAUGUUGAAUACGGAAGCCAGUUGAAUGAACUGAUUAGCAAUGGUAGAGUAAUUAAUACGGGACAGGAUUUUGAAUGGCUGCAGUUGUAUACAUUAACAGUUGUAUGGCUGUAAGUUAACUUUUCAAGCGGCUUCCCUGCUGGUCUACACCCGGGAGCCUGUGGGACACUGGGCUCUCCAUUGUUGUACCCUCUCCUGUCAUAUGUGUGCACUGUCUGUCACCAUGCCUACGUCUGUCGUGGUUACAACAAAGGGUUGACUCUCCCCCACUUCAUGAUGGACCAAAGAAAGGACUUAGAGAGUUUCCUCAAAAACGUUGACACAAUAAGCGAACUGGUGAACGAGCUGCAUAGGGCUGAUACCGAUGAAGCCCAGCAGCACGCGGCAGCGGAGAGGGCGGACCGCUACCUCGCCGCUCUGGAGGAUGGGGAGGGCGACGGCUCGUGCAGGACUGUCAUCAACCGGACAACCAUCAACACGAAUCCCUCCACCACAUCCCCCCCUGCUAUCAUGAGUCCCCCUCAGUACAGCUCAGAUGUAGAUGCAGAGAGUUACAUGAAGAGUCUGGAGAGAGAUGUGGAAGACAGGAUUCAGAGAAGGAGAGCAAAGGAGGAAAGGGCAAACGAACUCAAAGACAAAGGAAACAAAGCUUAUACCCGACAAGACUUCCAACUGGCCGUGGAGUUUUACAGUGAUGGGCUGGCAGAAUUACGUGACAUGCAGCCACUAUACACCAACAGAGCACAGGCCUAUAUUAAGCUGGGAGAGUUCAACAAGGCCGUCAGUGACUGCGAAUGGGCCCUGAAGUGCAAUGAGAGAUGCCUCAAAGCUUAUGUACACAUGGGCAAAGCAUAUGUUGGCCUACGGAAUUAUAAAGAGGCAAGAAACUGCUAUGAAAAGAUUGUGGAAAUUGAACCUGAGAGGCGGAAAAUGGUGAACGAAUACCUGACUCAGCUGGAAUGGGAGGAGGAGCGAGAGAGGCAGGAGUUAAGUGCCACAGAGGAGUUUGACAGGGGAGGACAGAAGGCCUCCACAGUGCCUCAGCUGCUGGAUAAACUCUCAAGGCCCAACCAGAGCCCCCUAUACUACUGCGGAGGGCUGGAACUUCUUUCGAAAGCCAUUACUGACUGUACUGGUCAGACCCUCUUCCGGCUGAAUAAUGGAUUCAGCAUCGUCAUCAGCAGUGACACAGUAAGGAGCGGUUUGUCCCGUGGUUCGAGGACUUUAUGCGCCCCAGAGCUGUGUGCUUCGCUGCUGAGAUUAUGGCGGGUGAUUUGCAGUGGAAACGAUGAAAACCAGAAAACGCUGAUGGCGUGCACCGUCUCCAGCCAGUCCAUCGUGGACUGUCUAGCCUCGGAACACAUGGCGGUGCGACAAGAGAGUCUGUCCCUUCUGUGCCUGUACUCCCAGACUCAGCGCAGCAGACACAUGGCAAUUGAAGACCUGAAUGUGCAAAUGUUGAUGAAGAAUCUAAUGCAAUGCAUCGCAAGCCCAAAGGAUCAGGAAGAGAUCAGAGCUCUGGCUGUGCUGGAGAACUUUGCAUCUGAAAACAAAUUUUGCAUGCAGCUACGGGAUAAACUAUCUGAAACUGUCUUAGUCCCCGUCACAACAAUACUGAAAACCUUCAACCUGACCAAUCAGCAUGUUCUUCCAUCUUUGAUCUCAUCAAUCGGCUGUCUGGUCCGUGAUGAUGUCAUCCGUCAUAAUAUGGCUCACUCACCGAAAUGUUGGGAGGCGUUUGUGGUUGCCUUGAAACAGUGCAGUAGCAGUGAAUACAGAGACAACCUUUAUCCGCUGCUUGGACUGAUCUUCAACAUUUCAACCGUGGUCACCUCUCCUGGCCUCCAGGAACACGGCAUUCCCCUCUGCACAUGGUGUCUGGCUCUGCUGAGUGAUAGCCACGGAGGAAUAAUCACUAGAGCUGCUGGUGUGCUCAGCCACGUCCUCCCACAAUGCAGGGCGGCUCUUGAGCUCGCUGUCCGCAGGGGGGUGGUCACCACCAUGCGCCGGCUCCUGAAGGGAGCAGGACCAACCAGCACUAAGUAUGCCAUUAAGACCCUCACAGUGUGUACGGCUGCCAGUCACCUGGCACGAGAGGAGCUGCUGGAGUCUGAUAAAAGGCUGUCGGUCCUCCGCCGCCUGCUGCGGUCCAGCGAUGAUGAGGUGGUGCUGGGGAACGCCGCCCUGUGCCUGAGCCACUGCCUGGAGGUGCAGGGAGCAGCCCUUAACCUGCUGGCCACCGACGCCGUUCCUCUGCUGCUGCGCCUGGCUGCAGCCGACAACACCCCCGCCGGGAGGACGGAGGCCCAGCGCAACGCCGCCAUCGCGCUGGGGAAGCUGUGUCACACUGAACCCAGACAUAUGCACAAACUGCGGGAGCUGCACGGCGUCGAGGUCCUCCACUCCUGCAUGAAGCUCAUCUCUUGAAGCUCAUCACUGCUGAGCCACGGGUGUCACAUAAUUUUCAUAGCAUUUAAAUGUCUCCUUCCCGUGUGAUUUCCCUUCGUCUUUGACCGUACGUCUCAAUGUCACCUCUGCCUCGAGAAAGACAUUUAAUAAAUAAAUCGACCCAGUGCCCAUCACACUUUUUCAAACAGGCUAAUUACUCGGGACCAAAUGUACCAUCUCGUCCCAUUGAUUAAACCCCCAGAUGAGCGGCAUCACAUCCUCUAGCCUCACCCCCUCCUCACAGCUGCGUGAUCGUGUCAGAGGUGCCAUAGCUCAGCUUUUAUUCCCAUUGAGGUAUAGUUGAUAUAAUAUUUUUUAUAUGUGUGUAUGUAAACGGCUGUCAAGGGCGAUUUGAGGCGGCAGCUUUAGUUGAUUGUCUCUGACCGCUACUUGGCCCCUCAGCCCUUUGAUAUAAGGCAGCCUGUUUGUGGCUCUGUCCUUACAAAUAGGGAAUUUAUGGCUUUUUGCAACCACGUUUUCCCUGGCAAUUCAAGGCUGAACGAUUUCCAUUCCCGCAGCUGCUACUGUGGUACUUAUAAUAUGAUACUUGGAAAACGACAUUAAAAAAACAUCGUUUUUUCUGCUUUA